GGGGUGUUCACCCCGCUUCCGUUUCCGCUCUGGUCAUGCUGGGCUGCGGGCGGGCCGCUGGAGCUAAGGCGGCCGGGAGCGGGUGGUGGGUGCGCAGCUUGCGCGGCCGCUGCCGCCGCCUCCUGUCCAUGGCGAAAAGCAAGUUCGAGUACGUGCGGGACUUCGAGGCGGACGAUACGUGUCUGCCCAACUGCUGGAUAGUGGUGCGGCUGGACGGCCGCAACUUCCACAGGUUUUCUGAGCAGCAUGAGUGCAAAAAUUCAGAUGAUGCCUGUGCUCUUCAUCUGGUGACCAGGUGUGCCCGGGCAGUGAUGGAAGAUAUUGCUGCUGCUUCGGGCCAGAGUGAUGAAUACAGUUUUGUCUUCCAAUAGAAGAGUAGGUGGUUUAAACGAAGAGCAAGCAAGUUCAUGACUCGUGUGGUCUCCCAGUUUGCCUGAAGUUAUGUUUUCUAUUGGGAGGAUUACUUCAAGGAGCAGCAACUUCUGUACCCACCAGGAUUUGGUGCCCGAACUGUGUUGUAUCCCAGCCACCAGAAUUUAAAGAACUAUCUCUGCUGGAGACAAGCAGAUUGCUGUAUCAAUAACCUUUAUAAUACAGUGUUAUGGGUGCUUGUACAGGCAAAUGGUUUGACACCAGUGCAAGCACAGGAUAGACUGCAGGGGACUUUGGCUGGAGAUGAGAAUGAAAUACUCUUUUCUGCAUUCAACAUCAACUACAACAACAAACCUCUGAUGUACAGAGAAGGAGCUGCCUUAGUAUGGCAAAAGGUUAAUGAAGUCAUGACUAAGAAAAUGAAACUGCCAAGGGAAGCAGAAGAAAAGGAAGUUGAAGUGACUCGGACUAGGACUAAAGUUGUUCCUCUGCACUGUGACAUUAUCGGGGACCAGUUCUGGGAGGAAUACCCUGAGAUUCUGGCUGAGGAUAGUUGAUAUCUCUGAGUAUCACUGAU